UCUGUACAGUGUGAAGCAUUCUUCCUUUUUCCUUUGUUACAAUGGCUUCCAAAACUCUGAUGUUUCUGGUGGGAACACUCCUUUUAGUUGCUACAAAAGUUUCAUCUUAUCAAAAGGAAGAUGAUGAGAUUAUGUCUAGUUUUCCUCUAGCACCAGCUCCAGCUGCUUCUGUGAAGCCACCAACUAAGGCCCCGGCACCCUCAAAGGUCCCUGGACCCUCAAAGGUCCCAACUGCUGCACCACCAGCCAAGCCCCCUACACAACCAAUAAAGCCUCCAACUCCUACACCAAGUCCUGUUCCCGGGCAUCCAAUUACCAAAAAGGAUUGCAUCCCAUUAUGUGAACAGAGGUGCAAAUUGCAUUCAAGUAAAAGAAAAUGCGUGAGAGCAUGCUCCGCAUGCUGUGACAAAUGCAAGUGUGUUCCUCCAGGGACUGAUGGCAACAGGGAGAUGUGUGGCAAGUGUUACACUGAGACGAGAACUCGUGGCCACAUAUACCAGUGCCCUUGAAGUCCUCAAGCUUUCUUGUUUGGUCAAUGUUGUUUGUAUGUGUUAAGUAAAGCAUGGAAUAAGUUGUAGAGAAUGGAGAAAAUAAAUGGUUUUCAUCUGACCUGUCUAGUCUCUAUUACUCCUACUUGAAGCUAUCAAUUUGAUAUUAAAAGUUAAGGCAGUACUCAUUUUAUGUAAUAAAUUGCAGAGUGUUAAUAUAUUGUCAAAUUUCCA